UUUGAGUGGCUUACCUGCGAGAGGCUGCUGGUUGCCAGCAUGUACCCGAACUCCCAGCCGGCCAAACUAACGGCCCAGAUGCUGCCUAUCAACAGUCAGUACAUGACGCCUACGUAUGACUUCACCGGCUACCAUCACAUGUCAGGAGUCACUGACACAUCCGCAAGUGCCUGGAAUCCCAUUUACCGUGAGGAGUACCCCUUCAGCUUCCCGGGAUCGAGCCCCAGCGCCGGGCAGGUGAACUUCAACUCAGCAGAACUGAGCAGUGUGUCCACCGCCCAUGGAGGAGGAGGUCUCAACCCCUACAACCUUUUCUCCAGUCACGACCCCUUUUGCCGGAGGAGACCCAAUGAGCCGGUCAAGGUCUCGACACCUGCAGGAGGGAAGACUCGCACAAAGGAAAAAUACAGGGUGGUGUACACGGACCACCAGCGCCAGGAACUGGAGAACGAGUUUCAGUUCAACCGCUACAUCACAAUGAGGCGCAAGUCUGAGCUCUCCAUGGCACUGAACCUCUCUGAAAGACAGGUGAAGAUCUGGUUUCAGAACAGACGUGCCAAAGAACGGAAGAUACACCGGAAGAAGCAGCAAGAUUCUCAGCAGCCCUCCACGUCUACUUCCACCCCACCCGUGCCCACAGGCUCCAGUGAUGGUCACAAUGUCCCAAGCCCAGGCAGCAAUAUUCUGUCUAAUGCCAUGUCGGAGGAAUACAAGAUGGAGUUCAUAUAACCGGGAAGAUUUUUUUUAUUUUUUUUUACAGGAUGCGAGAAGAGAUCAGUGAAAUGGUGACAGGAUGAACUGUGAGCCAUUUACAAGAAGGGCAUUAGUCUCAAAUGAACUAUUUUUGACAACUUUAAUCUGUGAAUGUGAACCACUCCACAGAUAUUGUUAGAACCGAGAAUUAAUAGAUCCAAAUGGUCACAAUGAAGAAAAAUGUUCAAAUUGACACUGUUGGGAUUUGUUCAGAUAUUUUGAAGAGUCUGUGCAGCAAAGACUUUCUUUUGUUUACUAUGCUUGAAAUACAAUAUGUAACAAUGUGAAUUGCACUUGAGCACAGGAGGGAGUAAUUCCAUGUAAAAACAGACUGGGUAAUUAUUUUGAGGCAAGUAAAAUAACAUUUUAUAUUGUGGAAACAGAAAGAAAGAAGUGAGAAAGAAUGUUCUGUUUGUCACAACUCGGAAAAGAGUGAGAAAAGCAACCACAUGUUCCGUUUUUCAUAGCUCUGAUUAUAUCGCAAGUUUAGAAAGUUUGGGCUUGUAGUGAAUGUAGACAAAAUGCCUUGUUUUGAAGGUGGAAAAAAUAACAUUCAUGAAAGGAAUAGUCUAAUCAGUGACUCUGUAGGAAGGGUGAAAGGUUUCAUGCGAACACAAGUAUUUGAUAGACAACAGCUACAUCCUGACGAGCAGUCGCAAAUUGCUCAACAGCAUGUGACACAUGAGUGAGUGGCCUUUACACCUCCAUAAACAUACACACACACACACACGCGCAUAUACGCACACACAUGAUUUAAAGUUAAAAAAAGAGAAAUCGCAGACUUUUUUGCUUCUUCAUUUGUUUUUUUCUUUUUGUUUGUGGCAUUAUUAAGUACUGUACAAGUAAGUCUGCUGCAGGCUCCUUUCGGACGUCUUCUCGUCUUUUGGUUCAAAAAACAGAAGGAAAGGUUUCAAAAGACCAAUGAGGCAUUUUGCUGUUGGACUGUCUAGUGAAAAGAGUUGAAGUGUUUCAGUCGUUUUUAAUAAAAAAAA